UGAGUCCGGAAACCAAUCAGAUGCGACGUACUGGCUUCCUGAGGCGGGACGACGGUGAGAGUUUUUAUUUUCUCCGUAGACGCUUUAUUGUUCCUCUCUGCCCGCAGUUGGUUAGUGUUGCGGGAGGUGGGAGCGAUGCAUUGAUUCGCGAGGAGGAAAGGCCCGUCUUCGCCGCCGUAGUUGGCCCAGACAGGCCUCGGCAAUGUCCGGAAGCAGGCCAUCGCCGCAGCACCCUCCGGCCGGGCCGGGUGCUGCGGGCCCUCCCGGCUCCUCCUCGACCUCCUCGGUCACCACUUCGGCCUGCUUGGGCACCACGAUGGCGACAGGCACCGCGAUGGCGUCGGGCUCCUCAGCGGUCCCCUCGCGACCCGUGUUGGUGGCGGCCGCCGUGUCCGGAUCCUCCUGCAGCGGGGGCCUUUCUCGCCUGGCGGGGACCCGAGUCGGGAGCGGCAGUGGCGCAGCCAGCAGCGGCACCAGGAAGAGGCCGCUUCUGACUCCGCUUUGCAACGGCCUUCUGAAUUCCUACGAGGACAAAAGCAACGAUUUCGUCUGUCCCAUCUGCUUUGAUAUGAUUGAAGAAGCUUACAUGACAAAAUGUGGACACAGUUUCUGUUACAAAUGUAUUCAUCAAAGCCUGGAAGAUAACAACAGGUGUCCCAAAUGUAAUUAUGUUGUGGAUAACAUUGAUCAUCUAUAUCCCAACUUUUUAGUGAAUGAGCUCAUCCUUAAACAGAAGCAAAGAUUUGAGGAAAAGAGAUUCAAAUUGGACCAUUCAGUGAGUAGCACCAAUGGGCACAGGUGGCAAAUAUUUCAAGAUUUGCUGGGAACAGACCAAGACAAUCUUGAUUUGGCCAAUGUUAACUUAAUGUUGGAACUUCUGGUGCAGAAGAAGAAACAACUGGAGGCAGAGUCCCAUGCUGCCCAGCUGCAGAUUUUGAUGGAAUUCCUCAAGGUUGCCAGGAGAAAUAAGAGAGAGCAGUUAGAGCAAAUCCAGAAGGAGCUGAGUGUUUUGGAAGAUGAUAUUAAACGAGUAGAGGAAAUGAGUGGCUUGUAUUCACCAGUCAGUGAAGACAGCACUGUGCCCCAGUUUGAAGCGCCGUCUCCUUCACACAGUAGCAUUAUUGAUUCUACAGAAUAUAGCCAACCUGGAUUUAGUGGCAGUUCCCAGACUAAGAAACAGCCAUGGUAUAAUAGUACUUUAGCUUCAAGGAGGAAGAGACUUACAGCUCAUUUUGAAGAUUUGGAACAAUGCUACUUUUCUACCAGGAUGACUCGUCUAUCAGAUGAUAGUAGAACCUCAAACCAGCUGGAUGAAUUUCAAGAGUGCCUGUCUAAGUUUACUCGCUACAAUUCUGUUCGACCUUUGGCAACACUAUCUUAUGCAAGUGAUCUCUACAACGGAUCUAGCAUAGUCUCAAGUAUUGAAUUUGAUCGAGACUGUGACUAUUUUGCUAUUGCGGGAGUCACAAAGAAGAUUAAAGUCUAUGAAUAUGGCACAGUCAUUCAGGAUGCAGUUGAUAUUCAUUAUCCAGAAAACGAAAUGACAUGUAAUUCCAAAAUCAGCUGUAUCAGCUGGAGUAGUUACCACAAAAACCUUUUGGCCAGCAGUGACUAUGAAGGAACAGUGAUCUUAUGGGAUGGAUUCACAGGGCAACGUUCAAAAGUCUAUCAGGAGCAUGAAAAAAGAUGCUGGAGUGUGGACUUUAACUUGAUGGAUCCUAAACUCUUGGCUUCAGGUUCUGAUGAUGCAAAAGUGAAGCUAUGGUCAACCAACCUGGACAAUUCAGUAGCAAGCAUUGAGGCCAAGGCAAAUGUGUGUUGUGUAAAAUUCAGCCCUUCAUCCAGGUAUCAUCUUGCUUUUGGCUGUGCAGAUCACUGUGUCCACUACUACGAUCUUCGGAACACUAAACAGCCCAUUAUGGUCUUCAAAGGGCACCGCAAAGCUGUUUCAUAUGCAAAGUUUGUUAGUGGAGAAGAAAUUGUUUCUGCGUCAACAGAUAGCCAGCUAAAGUUAUGGAAUGUAGGGAAGCCACAUUGUUUGCGUUCUUUUAAGGGUCACAUCAAUGAGAAGAAUUUUGUAGGCUUGGCAUCUAAUGGAGACUAUAUUGCCUGUGGAAGUGAAAAUAAUUCACUUUACCUGUACUAUAAAGGUCUCUCAAAGACACUGCUAACCUUCAAAUUUGACACUGUCAAAAGUGUCUUGGACAAAGACCGUAAGGAGGAUGACACAAAUGAAUUUGUCAGUGCUGUAUGCUGGAGGGCACUACCAGAUGGGGAGUCCAAUGUAUUGAUUGCUGCUAACAGUCAGGGUACAAUUAAGGUACUGGAACUGGUAUGAAAGGUUUUCUCUCUCUCUCAAGGAGUGGAAUACUUGAUACAGCUUUCAUCUGAAGUUCUCAGUGGGGCACAAAAAUGAAGAUAAUUUGCUCUUCCUUCUCAGAGUGGUCACAUUUUGGGGGUGGGAGUUCUUUUCUUUUAUGGAUACCCUUAGGGCAAGUUGGGACUCUGAGAAGUACCAGUGGAUUCAGAAUUCAGAACCAUCAACAUUAACUGCACAGACUUGCUGCUGCUGAUUCUAUUGCUUAUCUGAUUUUUAUGAUGGGGUGGGAGGAAUGAAUGGAUUCCUUUAAAUAAAGCAGGUGCUGAUGCAGGAAAGGAAUGGUGAAUAUUCAUUGAACUAGACAGAAACAGGAUAUCCCUUUGUUGAUAGGCAUGGUAACAGAUUUGCCUUGUUGAAUGAUUUCUGUGAGAAGUAUGCUUUGAACCAUGUUCUGGAUUAUUCCUACUGGUCUUUUUUCUGGUUAGUCCAAAAAGUCUGGUAAACUGUCUAAUCCUGACUGGAACAUUGUGAGCAUGCAUCUGACUUGAGACCCUCAAGUGAAAUUUCAUUUAAUAUUUUUUAUUUUAUUUUUCAAAUGAUAUGUUCAGGUCAUUUUUUACUAUUCAACUAUUGAAGCUCUCUGUACAACUAACUAGUGCAGACUCUCCCAGUCUGAGGGAGGGCAUGUAAGCAAUUUUAUUUCCAAGCCCAUCUGCUCCUUCACCAGCUCUCAUGCCUGCCAGCUAUAUAAGGAUCUCAUCUGUGAUGUAGACAUGUGUUGAAUGAGAGCAGAUGUGACACGACAUAGUUAUCCCUAUACAAGCCACUAAAUUGUCAGUAACUAAUGACUUUCUGUCUCUUCUGAUUUGAGUGGCUAUUGAAAUUGCUUCACGAAAGGCAACAGUGCCUAUCCACACAUUACUGUCCCCAAUUUGUUCAUUCCAAUCAUCUCACUACUUGUGUCAUUUGUAAAAGCCAAGCAUUUUGAAUGUUGUAAUAUAUUUUGGGACAGGCUUUGGUAGCCUUAUUUUUUGAAUAAACAUGCAUAUUCUUAAUUGUACAAGUGAAUGGGAAAUAAACUGAUUCCAAAUA